AUGAUCGAAGCUCGUUAUACCGAUCAUAUGUCCGAGUUAAUAGGAAAACAGGUAGUUCCAGUUGGACCGCUUGUGCAAGAACCGUGUAACGGUGACGGCGAUGAUGUUCAACUCAUGGAAUGGCUUGGAAAGAAGGAACCUGGUUCGGUUGUGUUGGUUUCCUUUGGAAGUGAGCUUUUCAUUUCAAAGGAAGAUAUGGAGGAGAUAGCCAUGGGGCUGCAACAUAGCAGGGUUUGGUUUUUAUGGGCGUUGAGGGUGCAAAGUGGGGAUGCCAUUAAUGAAAGCUUUUCAAAGAUAUUUGAGGAGAUAUUUGAGGGAGAGGCAAAAGUGCCUAUGAGAAAUGAUCCGCCUUAUAAUGCAAAGUUGGUGACAGAGUUUGGUGUGGGCAUAAAGGUUCCAAGAGAGAACGGGAAGCUUAAAAGUGAGGAAAUUGAUAGGAUUAUCAAUCAGGUUAUUGUUCAACAAGUUGGGAAAGAAUUGAAGAUUGAAGCCAAAGAGCUUGGCCAAAGAUUGAGAAUGAAAGGAGAAGAGGAGACAAAUGUAGCAAUUGACCAAAUACUACAGCUUAUAAAGACACCAAAGACUCACUAA